AUGAUCCCGUCUAACCUGGACAGCAUAGCUGACUGGAAGUGGGAUGGCCACUAUGAUUUUCCUAGAGACUUGAUUGGCUACGGCGAGAAGAGUCACAACCCGAAGUGGCCGAACAAUGCGAAGAUCGCAGUAUCGUUCGUGAUCAAUUAUGAAGAGGGGGCGGAAAACAGUGUUUUGAACGGUGACGUCCACAGUGAGAACCACCUGUGGGAGGCUCCGGGAGGUCCACCAAGAAUCAAGGAACGUGCUGUCAAUGUCGAGUCAGAAUACGACUACGGUGCAAGAGCUGGUGUCUGGCGCCUUUUCCGACUGUUCAACAAACAUGACAUGAAGUUCACCCUCUAUGGUGUUGGCAAGGCUCUUGAAGAUAAUCCAGCAGUGGGUCGCUCGUGCGUCGAGAAUGGCCAUGAUGUUGCUAGUCAUGCAUACCGCUGGGUCGACUACCAUGACUUCCCUCCAGAGAAGGAGAAGGAGUAUAUUCGACAGGGCAUUAAUGCCAUCAAGAAUGUGACCGGCGAGUAUCCCAAGGGUUGGUACUAUGGUCGUCUGAGCCCAAAGUCUCAGGCGCUUGUCUGGGACGUGUACAAGGAAAUGAACAUUCCUCUACUCUGGAUGUCGGACUCAUACGCGGACGACGUGCCAUACUGGGUUGAUGUGCCUGCCGAAAAGGACGUCGAGAAGCCUGAGGGCAUGCUGAUGAUUCCAUACUCCUAUGAUUGUAACGAUUACAAGUUCAACGUGCCCACCGGCUUCGGUAGUCCAACAGACUUCUAUGACCACGUCAAGGGCGCAUUUGACGUACUCUACGAAGAGGGCUCCGAAGGUUCGCCAAAGAUGAUGACUAUUGGUCUUCACUGCCGAUGCAUUGGCAAGCCCGCUCGUUUCGCAGCGUUGAAGAAGUUUGUCGAGUACAUUGGCGAGAAGGAGGGCGUCUGGGUCACGACGCGUACUGCAAUUGCUGAACACUUCCGCUCUACUUUCCCAUAUAAGAAAGGUCAGCUUGCUUAG